AUGGCAGAAUCGUCGUCGUUGUCGUCAACGGUAGUAAAAUCGGAUGCGGAAACAGAAGAAUUACUGGAUCGAAUGUUAACUCGGUUGGCUUUAUGUGACGAUUCGAAGCUUGAAGCUUUACUGUCUAAGCUUCUCCCUUUCACUCUCUCCUCUCUUUCGUCGAACUCCACCGCCGUUCUUGAAAUUUUGAGUCAUGUAAAUAAGAGAGUGAAAUAUCAACGUGACAUUGGUUUGCCAUUGCAAGAGCUAUGGAAACUGUAUACUGAAGCCGAUGCUACUCCAAUGGUAAAAAAUUUUUGUGUUGUAUAUAUUGAGAUGGCAUUUGAACGUGUAAAUAUAAAGGAAAAGGAAAAUAUGGCACCAAUGCUUGUUGCAAACAUUUCUAAACUUCCUCUUCAACAUCAAGAUAUUAUCUUAAGAAUUGCUACCAAGGUGAUUGGUGAAUGUCAUGCUAGUCGGAUUGAUGAAGAAGUUGCUGUAAAGUAUAGAUUAGUGAAUGGCUCCCAGGACAUAGAAUUAUUCACUGAAUUCUGUCUUCAUUUGAUGUUGUAUCAGCAGUCAUCUCAAGGGGGAGGAGGCUUGCCUGGGCUUUCAAUUGCUCAAAGCAAUCGUGUUACGGGAAAGAAACCUUUAAAAAGCGAUGAGCUUCUGAUGAGAAAGGUGACAAUAGAAGCUGAAUAUCAUCCAACCUGGGAGAUUAUAGAUAGUUUCCUUGGUUUUCACAUGAGAUAUGUUUUUUGUAUUCUUUUGGCUUUUCAUGAGCAGCUAGGGGUUUUGAAUGUUGUUGAAGCUAUGGAGCUAGGUUCAGAACCUGUUUAUCCCUUGUAUCUGGUUGCUUGCGCAGACAGUCAAGAGGCAAUUAUUAAGAAGGGGAGGAGCUCCUCAGGAAGAAGGCAUCGGAAAAGGGAAGUGUCUCGAGGGAGGGUGUUUGGGGGGGGGGGUACUACUGGCACUGAACAUGUUGCUCCAGAAUCUAAAGUCAAUCCGGCAAGUGUUUCUUUGAAAACAAAGUUGAUGUCUGUAUUUUGCCGGUCUAUUACUGCUGCAAACAGUUUCCCAGCAACUCUGCAGUAUAACUGUGGUGCUAUUUUACAUGGUAGUGCAUAG